CGAUUUCAAUUAAGGUUGUCCCCGAGGAAAGCGGAAAAGUUGAAUACGAGUGCAAAAGGCUUUUGGGAAUUUCCAGCAGCCUUUAUCGCUCGUAUUCGACUUUUCGACUUUGUUCGUGGACAACUUGCAUUGGAAUAGCUGUAUGCAUUUGUUUUCGCAGAGAUCACUCGCUGAUUAUAUUCGCUCAUUGUGAAAACAAAUUAACGCGCCCAAAAAUAAAACGUGCCAGCAAGAAAUUUCCAUAAAAGGAACCUCUAUGCAUGACGCAAUGACGACUGCUUUUUCUCCCCAAAACAAUAUCGUUUCAAGUAAAUAAAAUAACUUGGACUUUCUCACAUAGAAUUUGUAAUCGCAGUAGAUAAAAAAAACGGAACAUGCCACACGCGCGCAACACAACAGCUACAUGGCGGAUGAAAGCAUGAAAACAGUUUGAUCCUUGCCAAUUUAAAUCGGCCUAAAACCUCGCGCAAAUCGGCAAUGCACGUGCAAAGUGUAAUGUAGUCACGUCAUGUCUCGUGAUGGAAUAUAUAUUUGGGUAUCAGAAGGGAGACCACGUGUAGAAAAUAGGUUUUGAUAUUGAAGGCAAUAAAAGUACAUUUUUAUACUGUACAACUUGUACUAAAAGAGAUACAUUAUAUUUGGCGACGAGUUUAUUUUAAUGCUGAACCCAAACGAAGAAGAAGUGAACACAGAAGAAAUCUCGAUGGCCACAACUUUGGAUUUAAAACCACCACCUCCGUUUGAUGCAGAGGGUGAUAAUUCCUCGCUAGCCCAACGCUGGAAAGAAUGGCGAGAACGUUUUAAUAUGUAUACAGUAGCUGCCAACAUCAAGGAUGAUGCACAGAAACGCGCAGUGUUAUUGCAUGUAGCUGUCCCGUCGGUUCAUAAAAUAUUCAAAACACUACAAGACACCGGGACAGAUUUCAAAACAGCUCUAGAGAAGAUUGACGAAUAUUUUCAGCCACAAAAGAACGUAAUAUAUGAACGCUAUGUGUUUAAACAGACACAUCCAACGCCUGGAGAAUCGGUAGAUAGCUACAUAACUCGUCUACGUACACUAUUCGAAACGUGUGAAUUCGAAAGCGCCUGUACUAUUGAACAACAUGUACAAUUAGAGCCAACACAAACAAAUAUAUAUGCAUAUAAUGCCGUUCAGCCCUUGCCAUUGCUCGGAAAGUGACGUUUAGCGGUUGAAUCGAAUGGAAAGCGUACAAUAUCGACGUUUUAUGUUGUCAACGGCAAAGCGGGAUCACUUCUCGGUAAUGAAACAGCCGCAGAGUUAGGCAUUUUAAAAAUAAAAGUUAACGAAGUCUCUAAAUUUCAUAGCAUGAAAACAACCGGAAGUCGAGGUAGGAAUGAAAUCAACACCGGAAGCCACUCAAACGGAAGUGACGCGAACAGUCAAAGUGACUCCGGAAAUCGAGAAAUAAGGGACAGAAAUAGCAUGAAAAACAUUGACAUUAAUACACAGAAAAUUUUAGAUAAAUUUCCAGAACUCUCUGACGGAAUAGGGUGUUUGCAAAAUUAUGAACAGUCAUUGCAUGUUGAUCGUACAGUUACCCCUAUUGCACAACGCCCUCGGAGAGUCCCUUUCCAUUUACGAAAGCAAGUUUCAGAUAAACUAGAAGAAUUACAAAGUCUCGAUAUUAUUGAACCUGCCGAAGGACCUACUUCAUGGGUAUCACCCAUAGUAGCUGCUCCCAAACCACACAAUUCAGAUGAAAUCAGAUUAUGCGGAGAUUACCGUAGAACAAAUCAGGCAUUGUUAAGGGAGAGACAUCCAAUCCCAACAGUUGAUGAGUUAAUGGAAGAAAUGUCUGGUGCUGUCGUGUUUUCUAAGCUAGACCUCAAAGCAGGAUACCAUCAGAUAGUCCUAGAAGAGAACUCGCGUAACAUUACCACUUUUUGUACACACAAGGGGUUGUUUCGGUAUAAGCGCCUGCCAUUUGGUCUGUCAUGUGCUUCAGAAGUAUUCCAAAAUGCAAUACAGCAAGCGCUCCAAGGUCUACACGGCGUACGAAAUAUCGCAGACGAUAUUAUUGUAUGGGGUAAAACCCAAACCCAGCAUGACAAGAAUUUAGAAGCACUGUUACAGCGAUUAGUUGUCAAGAAACUUACAUUAAACCUGGAGAAAUGCAAGUUUAAUCAACCGUCACUUUGGUUCUAUGGCUACAUUCUGUCAAAGGACGGACUGUCAGCAGAUCCAAAGAAAGUCGAGGCAAUUAAAAAUUUCUAAACACCAGCAGAUGUCAGCCAACUACGCGGUUUCUUAGGUCUGGCCAAUUACUGUUCACGAUUUAUUAAGGACUUCUCCACUCUAACAGCCCCUCUACGUGAAUUAAUAACCAAAUCGUGCAAAUGGUCUUGGUCAACUAUGCAUGAGAAAGCUUUCAUCAAAGUUAAAAAUGCUAUUGCUUCGGACUGUACGAUGGCAUUUUAGGAUCCAAAUCGACCUACAAAAUUGACAGUCGAUGCAAAACCUGUCGGACUUGGUGCAGUAUUAGCCCAAACACAAGAAAAUGGGCAAGAUCGCUGCAUAGCGUAUGCUAGUCGUUCCCUAACGCCUGUGGAAGCUCGCUACUCGCAGACCGAAAAAGAGGCAUUGGCUGCAGUGUGGGGUGGUGAACGUUUUCAUCUUUACCUUGUUGGAACACAAUUUGACCUCAUCACUGACCACAAACCAUUGGAAGUCAUUUACAGCCCAAAGUCCAAACCGCCACUCCGGAUAGAACGUUGGUUACUACGAUUGCAACAAUACAAGUUUAAUAUCAAGUAUCGACCAGGUAGCAGCAACCCAGCUGACGUGUUGUCUCGACAACCUUUAUUCACCAACUACAAGUCAAGUACCAUAGCGGAGAAAUAUGUCAAUUUCAUCCAAAGUCACUCGGUUCCUAAAUCUCUCACGCUCGAUGAGAUUCGUAUCGCAACGUUAAAUGAUCCUGAACUGCAGAGAGUAACUAGCGCAGUAAAGGAAGAUCGAUGGAACAAAACAGGUAGUUGUUUAAGUCCAUAUCGUAAUCAGCACGAACAGUUGACAGUUUCGGAAUGUGGAGUUGUACUACGAAAUUCACAGAUCGUUAUCCCAAAGAGUUUCCGUAGUCGUGUCCUUUCUAUCGCUCAUGAAGGACAUCAAGGGAUAGUUAAAACCAAAAUGCUUGUACGCAGUAAAGUAUGGUGGCCUGGUAUUGACAAGCAAGUGGAGCAAAUGGUUAAAGAAUGUAUACCCUGCAAAGCAGCAGUACACCAGUCACCAAAAUGUCAACCACCCCUGAAUAUGACAAAGUUACCUCCACAUCCUUGGCACACACUUAAUGCAGAUUUCUGUGGUCCAUUCCCAAAUGGCGAGAAAUUGUUGGUCGUGAUUGACGCCUAUUCCAGAUAUCCAGAAGUUGAAGUGAUGCAAAGCACGACAACCACGGUUGUGAUUUCCAAACUCCAAAGAAUCUUUGCCCGACAUGGAUAUCCCGAAGAAUUGAUAACCGAUAACGGACCCCCGUUCAAUGCGGUUGAGUUCACCGAAUAUCUAGCUGCACAUGGAGUCCAUCACCGCCGAAUCACACCUUAUUGGCCUCAAGCCAACGGUGAGGCAGAGCGAUUCAUGAAAACAGUAACAAAAGCAAUCCGUACUGCUCAUUCGGAAGGAAAAAGAUGGCAAAGUGAAUUAGAUCUUUUUCUUCUCAACUACAGAUCCACACCUCAUUCUACGACACACACUAGUCCAGCUGAACUUUUGUUCAAUCGCUCAAUUAGAAAUAAGCUUCCUAGUUUCUCAUCCCUACAACACAAUGAUGGCCCUGUGGAACACCACGUUGUUCGAGAUAAGGAGGAAAAGGAGAAAAUGAAAGUCCAUGCUGAUAGAAGAAACAACGCGAAAGAAAGUCAGUUGAAAGUUGGUGAUUACGUGCUAAUGCAAGUCCCGAAGGACAAUAAGUUAUCAAUGCCUUUCAAUCCAAAACCAUUUAAAGUGAUUGAAAUCAAAGGCAACAUGGUAACAGCUCGUAAUACAGAGCGCACCGUAACCCGGAAUGUAUCGUGUUUCAAAUGUCUCACAAAUUACAAGAACGCAAGUGAGGAAGACCAGAAUGAUGAAGAAGACGAUUUUGACGACGGCAUAGUAGAAAACCAGCAACCAACAAUAGUUGAAGAGCAACAACAAGAUCUACCAGAUCUACAACGAAGGUAUUGUCUUAGACAAAAUCGAAGACCACCGGACUUUUAUAGAAGUUAG